AUGCACAUGUUCUCAACUUGUUUAAUAAGGCACAUGGUGACUCACAGUGAUGUGAAACCUUACCAAUGCAGUUUGUGUAAAGCUUCAUUUAAGUUGUUAGAUCUUUUAAAACAGCACAUGGUGACUCACAGUGAUGUAAAACCUUACCGAUGCAGUUUGUGUCAAGCUUCAUUUAAGUUGUCAAAUCAUUUAAAACAGCACAUGGUGACUCACAGUGAUGUGAAACCUUACCAAUGCAGUUUGUGUAAAGCUUCAUUUAAGUUGUUAGAUCUUUUAAAACAGCACAUGGUGACUCACAGUGAUGUAAAACCUUACCAGUGCAGUUUGUGUAAAGCUUCAUUUAAGUUGUCAAAACAUUUAAAACAGCACAUGUUGACUCAUAGUAAAGUAAAAAAUCACUCUUGUACUGCAUGUCCUUUGGCUUUCAAAAGAUUAGAUCACCUAAAAAAGCACAUGGUGACUCACAGUGAUUUGAAACCUUACAAGUGUAGUGUAUGUGAUGCAUCUUUUAAAAGAAGGGAUAAACUAAGUCGGCACAUGUUGACUCACAGAGAUUAGAGACCUCACCAGCACAGUAUAUGCAAUGUAGCUUUUAAAACAUUAGGUAGCCUAAAAUGACAAAUGAUAAUUCACAGGGUUAGUAAACCUCACCAGUUCAGUGUAUGUAAAGCUGCCCAUAAAAGAUCAGAUCAACUAAAAGAAAAGCACAUGUUGAAUCACAGUGAUGUGAAACUUGAUUAAUGUGGCAUAUGUAAGAAAGCUUUAGGUGCCUGUGUGAUUUAAUAUAGCUCAUAGUGAUCAACAGUAAUUUUUACUUUUAUGCAGUGUAUGUAAAACUGCAGUGAAAAGAUCAUUUGUUAACAUGCACAUGUGGUACUAGUGGCAAGAAACUUCAUUAGUGCUGUGUAUGAUAAUAUCCUAUUUGAGGUAAUUUUGAUGCUACCAUUCCUUAUGUUGAUGAUAAAUAACAUUUGAUAUUACAGCAGCAAUUUUGAUUUAAUUGCAAGUAUUAAACAUUAUAAAAAAAAGUGG